AUGCCGCGCCGCCUCGGCGAUGGCGUCGCGCUGCUGUUGGAUGAGUUGGUGGAGUUUGAGCUUUUCCCGCCGAAGGGCCUCAAGACGCUGCGCCUCCAGGGGAUUGUUUACUUUUUCCCGCCGAAGUUUCUCAUUACUGGCGAGAAGACCCUCCAGGGACCGCUUGGAUUCGCGAAGACGGGUCUCCUCCUUCUGAAGGGAGUUCUGGCUCUGAUGAAGGGCCUCGGCAAAGCCCUGGAGGGCUGCCACGGUGUUGGAAUCCUGAUGUUGAAGCAGAUUCAUGACGCUGGUCUGGGCCUUCGUUCCCCGAUCCCUUCCGUGUCCCCUUCACCUGUGCAAAGGUGGAUGGAUAAGGUCGAAGUAUUGGCUCCUCCAAAUAAUUCGCUUUAA